AUGCCCGGCCUGUACUGCCCCUCCAGCUGGACGCCGCUGCCCCUGACUGACUCCUGGGUCCGGGCCUGCGCCAACGGCCCCUGCCUCAGCCUGCGGGCCCGGCUCACCUACCACAACCCGCAGCCGCAGCCGGUGGACGGCGUGUUUGUGUACCCGUUGGCGGAGGCCGAAGUGGUCUCAGGCUUCGAGGCGGAGGCGGCGGGACGGCGCGUCUCGUUCCAGCUGCAGAGCAGGCGACGCUCACAGGCCGCUUGCUGCCGCGCGCUGGGCCCCGGGUUGGGGGCCUCCACGCCCCGCCGCUGCGCGCAGGGUCAUCUUGUGUUGGAUCUGGCCCAGGCCCGGUCCACACUGGUGCUGCCCACAGGCCUCAUCAACGCGGCCGGCACCAUGACAGUGACCCUGCGCAGCAGCCGGGAGUUGCCCUCAAGGCCUGAUGGGGUGCUGCGCGUGGCUCUGCCCUCUGUGCUCACCCCACUGGCCUCACCAGGCCCACCGGGGCCCCCCAGGCCUCCGGGGCUCUGUGACGACAGCCCUACCAGCUGCUUCGGGGUGGGCAGCCCUCAGGAGGAAGGGCUGGCCUGGGAGGAGCCAGCGGCCCCUCCGGAUGUGUUCUCAGGCCCUGCCCGCUGCCCUGCCCCGUACACCUUCUCCUUCGAGAUGCUGGUCACUGGGCCAUGCCUGCUAGCAGGCCUGGAGAGCCCUUCUCAUGCUCUGCGGGCAGAUGCCCCACCUCAUGCCAGCUCCGCAGCCACCAUCUGUGUCACAUUAGCAGAGGGCCACCACUGUGACCGGUCAUUGGAGAUCCUGCUGCACCCCAGUGAGCCCCACCAGCCACACCUGAUGCUAGAGGCCGGCAGCCUGAGCUCAGCAGAAUAUGAGGCCCAGGUGAGGGCCCGCCGGGACUUCCAGAGGCUACAGCGAAGGGACAGUGAUGGGGACCGGCAGGAUGCCAUUGUUUUGGCUGUGAAGUCACUGCCACCACAAACGCUCAUCAACCUGGCCAUGUUUGGCACGUCGGUGCGGCCCCUCUUCCCAGAGAGCCGGCCUUGCAGUGAUGACACUGUGCAGCUGAUCUGUGAGAACAUUGAGACCCUGCAGGCUGAGAGUGGUCCCCCAGAUGUGCUGGCUGCACUGAACUGGGCCAUGGGGCAGCCCCAGCACAAGGCCCGCCCUCGGCAGCUCUUCCUCCUGACUGCUGCCUCGCCCGUGGCCGCUGCUACCCAUCAAACCCUGGAGCUCAUGAGGUGGCACAGGGGGGCAGCCAGGUGCUUCUCCUUUGGGCUGGGGCCUGCCUGCCACCAGCUGCUCCAGGGGCUGUCUGCCCUCAGCAGGGGCCAGGCCUACUUCCCAAGGCCUGGGGAGAGGCUGCAGCCCAUGCUGGUGCAGGCUCUCCGGAAGGCACUGGAGCCUGCUUUGAGUGACAUCUCUGUGGACUGGUUUGUGCCUGAUGCGGUGGAGGCACUGCUGACCCCCCGGGAGAUCCCAGCACUCUACCCUGGGGACCAGCUGCUCGGUUACUGCUCGCUCUUCAGGGUGGAUGGCUUCCGGUCCCGUGCCCCAGGGGGCCAAGAACCCGGCUGGCAGAGCUUGGGAGGCUCCGUGUUCCCAUCCCCAGAGGAGGCACCAUCUGCCACCAGUCCUGGCACUGAGCCCACUGGCACCUCGGAGCCGUUAGGAACGGGCACUGUGUCAGCAGAGCUGUCCAGCCCGUGGGCUGCUGGGGACUCAGAGCAGAGUACUGAUGCUUUGACAGACCCAGUCACAGACCCUGGACCCAAUCCCUCCUCUGACACAGCCAUAUGGCGCCGCAUCUUCCAGUCAUCGUACAUCCGGGAGCAGUAUGUGCUCACUCACUGCUCUGCCAGCCCAGAGCCAGGUCCAGCCUCCACAGGCAGCAGCGAGUCCCCUGGUUCCCAGGGCCCUGGCUCCCCUGAGGGCACUGCUCCCCUGCAUCCCCCUUCUCAGCAGGGCUGCCGCAGCCUGGCCUGGGGAGAACCUGCAGGCUCCCACUCCUGCCCCCUGCCUCUACCCCCAAUGGCUCCAGUCAAGCCUGGGGCCUUGAGUGCUGAGGUGCUGGGUCGUCGACGCAGAGCAGCUCUGGCUGGCCGGAGCCUCUCAUCUCCCCCAGGCCAGGUGAACCCAGUCCCUGGCCGUCCCCGCCACCCCUCUCUGGGCAUAGCACCAGAUGGGCCAGGCCCUGAGUCAGGGCAGCAGCUGGGACAGGGCCUGGAUGACUCAGGAAAUCUACUCUCCCCGGCCCCCAUGGACUGGGACAUGCUGAUGGAACCCCCCUUCUUAUUCACAGCUAUGCCCCACAAUGGGGAAUCAGCCUCUCCAGCAGUGGAACUGCCUCCUCAGGCUCCACGCUGCCACGUGGUGAUCCGAGCCCUGUGUGGGGAGCAGCCUAUGUGCUGGGAGGUGGGUGUUGGGCUAGAGACACUAUGGGGACCUAGUGAUGGCUCACUGCCUCCGUCACCCCCUCAAAGAGAAAGUGCUUGGGACCAAGCACUCCAUCGGCUGACAGCAGCCUCCGUGGUCCGGGACAAUGAGCAGCUGGCUCUCCGUGGAGGGGCUGAGGCCAUGGCUGACCAAGGCCAUGCCCGGAGGUCCUGGCUCCGAGCCCUUCAGACGAGCAAGGUCAGCUCUGCCCCUUCCUGCUUCACCUGCCCCGUAGCUGUGGAUGCUACCACCAGGGAGGUCCUACCCUCAGCCCUGCAGGUGCGGAGCUCAGAGCUAGCUGAGCCCCCAAGCACUUCUGCCUCUCAAGGCCAACUAGAUGCAACUCCUCUGCCUACAGCUGUCCACGCUAAAGGACUUCAGGGAGGCUCUGUGGUAGGUGGCUGGAACCCAGACCAAAAUGGCAACUCCAAGUCAGUCACCAGAAGUCCUCAUAGCCUGCCCCCCCAGCCUCCCUCUAGGCUCAGCCUGGGCGGUGGGAGGGCCAGAGGCUCUGACAGCCACAGACUCUGCAGCACCAACCGGGGCCAGGCUGGCGACAGCAACAGUAAAGGCAGCGACCACGACUACUUGCCCUUGGUGCGGCUGCAGGAGGCACCUGGCUCCUUCCGCCUAGACGCACCCUUCUGUGCAGCAGUACACAUCCCUCGGGAGCGCCUGUGCCGCGCUUCGCCCUUUGCUGCGCACCGCGCCAGCCUCAGCCCCACCUCGGCCUCCUCUCCCUGGGCACUUCUGGGGCCUGGUGUUGGCCAGGGUGACAGUGCCACGGCCUCCUGCAGCCCGUCCCCCAGCUCAGGCUCUGAGGGUCCAGGCCAGGUGGACAGCGGACGGGGUUCAGACACUGAGGCCUCAGAGGGCGCAGAAGGGCCCGGAGGUGCGGACCUGCGGGGCCGGACCUGGGCCACCGCCGUGGCGCUCGCCUGGCUGGAGCACCGCUGCGCUGCUGCCUUCAGCGAGUGGGAACUGGCAGCAGCUAAAGCUGACUGUUGGCUACGGGCCCAGCACCUACCUGAUGGCCUUGACCUAGCUGCCCUCAAAGCUGCAGCCCGGGGUCUCUUCCUGCUGCUGCGCCACUGGGACCAGAACCUGCAGCUACACCUGCUGUGCUACAGCCCCGCAAACAUGUGA